GCUAAGGGGAGCUCCCACCCCAGCUUCAGCUCCUUCUAGGAGCUUCUAGUGCUUCUCCAUCUCCCUAAUGCUGGACCCUUAAAUGCAGUUCCUCAUGUUGCGGUGACCUCCACCCUUAAAGUUAUUUUCGUUGCUACUUCAUAGCUGUUAUUUUGCUACUGUUACGAAUCGUAAUGUAAAUAUCUGAUGUUCAGGAUGUCUGAUAUGCGACCCCUGUGAAAGGUCCCUCGGCCCAGGGGUCCCGACCCACUUGUUGAGAACCUGUUCUAGGGUCUUCUCAGCCCCGCCCUGCUCUCGGCCCUCCCCUGCCGCUGUCCUCAAGCUUCUUUGGCCCCUUGUCUCCCCAGUAACCAGAUCACAACAGUGAGCGUGGAGCAGUUCGGACAGGUCAGGCACUCGAGCAGGUAGAGCCGAGACCUCGCCCCCGCCCCCAGCCGGCCGCUCGGAGGUGCGGAGAGGCGGCCCGGGCACCGAGUCAGAGUCAAGCGGCGGGACCCAGACUGUGUGUUUGGGAGCGCCGCCUCCGUGGCCAAGAUGCGUUUGGGCAUGUCAGCCAGGAGCGCCCGCUCCGAAGAAGGAAGCGAGGUCUUCCUGGAGGGACCGGUGGACUGGGAGCUCAAUCGCCUGCAAAGACAAUGCAAGGUGAUGGAGGGGGAACGACGGACAUACAGCAAGGAGGUUCACCAGCGCAUCAGCAAGCAACUGGAGGAGAUUCGGCAACUGGAGGUGUUGCGAGCCAAGCUCCAGAUGCAGAUCAGCGUGGCGCAGAGCCAGGUCAAGAGACUGAAAGACAGCCAGCGUUUGGAGGACAUGGACCGUCUACUCAAGUGCAGGGCUCAGGUGCAGGCGGAAACAGAGGCGCUGCAGGAGCAGACCCGGGCACUGGACAAGCAGAUCCAGGAGUGGGAGAACCAUAUCCUCACCCAGAGUAAGAAAGCCUCGGCCCCUGGUGUCAUCUUAAAUCAGAAGAUGAAGAUUCAGAGAAGGAUCCAGAUCCUAGAAGACCAGCUGGACAGGGUCACCUGUCACUUUGACAUCCAGCUGGUGAGGAAUGCAGCCCUGCGGGAGGAGCUGGACUUGCUGCGCAUUGAGAGGGGCCGGUACCUGAACAUGGACCGCAAGCUGAAGAAGGAGAUCCACUCGCUUCGGGAGACGGUUGGAGCUCUCAGCACGUCCUCUACCUCUGCUUACACUGCCAGGGAAGAGGCCAAGACCAAGAUGGGCCUGCUGCGGGAGCGCGCAGAGAAGGAGGUGGCGCAGAGUGAGACAGAAGCACAGAUCUUGCAACGACAGAUCUCGCAUCUGGAACAGCUGCACCGAUUCCUCAAGCUCAAGAACCAUGACAGACAGCCGGAUCCUGACGUUGUGCAGAAGCAAGAGCAGCGAGCCUGGGAGGUGGCAGAAGGACUCCGAAAGACCUCCCAAGAGAAACUAGUAUUACGUUAUGAGGACGCUCUGAACAAACUGGCCCAGCUGACCGGCGAGAGCGACCCUGACCUGUUGGUGGAGAAAUACCUGGAGCUGGAAGAACGCAACUUUGCUGAGUUUAACUUCAUCAAUGAGCAGAACUCCGAGCUACACCACCUUCAGGAAGAGAUUAAAGAGAUGCAGGAGGCUUUAGUGAGUGAGCAUGCCAGUCAGGACACCCAGCACCUGCAGCAGGAGCAGCAGUGCAGAACGCUACAGCAGGAAGUGGACACGGUGUGCUCUGAGUCCCAGCAGUUGGAGGCACGCCUCCAGGCUCUCCGAGCUCAGCUGGAAAAGCUCAAGGCUGAUAUCCAGGUUCUCUUCGAAAAGGCUCAGUGUGACAGCAGUGUCAUCAAGGAUCUCCUUGGGGUCAAGACCUACUUGCGGGAUAGGGACAUGCGCCUUUUCUUGAGCACCAUCGAGAAGCGUCUGGUGCAGCUCCUCGUAGUGCAGGCUUUCCUUGAGGUCCAGAACCAUACCCCUUUGGCUGACGCUGCCCUUCUGGCGCUGGGCCAGAGCCAAGAGGACCCUCCAAAGAAGACCACCCCACUCCAGCCUCCGGACACCCUGGAGGACUCCCCAGGUUUUGUGGUCAAAGAGGAUUAUCCUAUGAGCAAGGAGGAGCUGCUGAGUCAAGUAAUGAAGUCGGUGGAGCUCCAGGACCUCCAGCAGGAGGAGGCCUCAAGGAAGCUGGAGAGCAGCCCGAGCCUGGCCUUCUCCAGUACUCAGAUCUCCCUGUCCGGUCCCAGCCUGGGGACUCCCAAGAGGAUCAGCAUAGUCCCUGAGUCCAUUCUGAGCCACAAGUCAAGCCGAGGCCGUGGCGCCGGCUCCAUAAGCCAUGUCACCUUUGGUGACUCUGGGUCAGCCGCAGGUCCUAUGACCUUGGCUUCUGUCAGUGCCAGUGGAGUACUGAUGUCCAGUCGGGGCUCUGUGGGGGGUCGUGGGAGCUUCAAACACAGCAGCUCCAGCAGCUACCUGGGGUCCACUGGCUACAUGGAGACCAGCCGAGGUCAGGAGAGCACAGGAGGCGGCAAGCAGAGCCAAAGCGUGGGAUCGGAGUUGAGUAGAGGCCACGCCUCCAGCAGCGGCCACGGAUCCAGCGGCGGCCACGGAUCCAGCGGCCUCCCUGCCUCCAGGCCCAGCUCCUCUACCACCAGCAAGGACUCGAGGGGCUACAACUAGGCCUGCAGGCCUUCCUGCCCCAGCCCUUGGCAGGUUCU